CCGAACCGAACCGAAACCAAUCCGAUAUCCGGAUUGAACACCCGUAAUCCAAAUGAAGCCAAACUAUUGUUUCAUUCUUCAAAAUAUAAUAAAAAUAAUAACUUAAUCCCGCGCAAGGCGCGGGUCUUAUCCUAGUAGCAGUUAUAUUUUUCUAGGUCAACCGACACUUUCUUCUAGCUUUUUUCACCUCUUUCAUUCUUCUCUGAUCAUAGCAGUUAUAUUUUCAUUUACAAAAAUAUCAACAAAGUAAGGUCAAUUUUCUUUCUUUUCCUUAGAAGUAGAUGAGAGAAGAAGAUCAGCAUUUACCUAUACGAAUAAAUUAGGUCCUUUAAUGUAAACUUUUUAUAUUUCUUCAUAUUUUAUAGUUCUAUUUGAGCCAAUCUAUCUGGUUUUAUCAGCCGUGCCAGAAGCAGAUACAAAAGCUGAUGAUGGCACAUGGCAGCAAAACUAUCAAUUUUAUUUUGACCUAAAGACAAAAUUAUAUAAUAAAUACAGAUGAUUAGGUGAUACUAUGUUGUCUGUUAAUGCUCAUCGUGUAUCUUCUUUAAACCCAAUUUGCUUUUUAAUUAUCUCAAAAUGUCUUUGAAUAUUCAAGUGUCUCUCUCUCUUGAUUUUGUGUUUGUUUGUAUCUGAUAGUAGUUGCAACAUAAGUUUUCUGACUUUUAUAUCUCUUACUUCCCUAAAAAAAAUAGUAGUAUUUUUAAAGAACAAACAUCAAGUCUUGAUUUAUAUUUAUUUAUAUUAUAGCGAAUAAGUCAUUAAUUCCUCUGUAAUUCGCAUUUCGUAUUAAUUCUUUGCACAUAGGAAGCAAAGGUAAAUGGCAUUGGAGAAAAACAAAAAUGUGGAUAAUGUGAAUUUGAAGCAGAGGAAUAUUGUCUUGGUUGGAAUGUUGUUGUUGUUCAUUUUUGUUCAACUUCUCGUGAGCUCUUCUUCUCUUACUUGUUAAAUUUUAAUCAUUUAUAGUUACUCUUUAGUCUUUACUAAGUAUUUUUUUGUAUGGUUCUGAUUUAUGGAACUUGGAUGAUAUGAUUCAGGUCGUGCCUUGAAAAACAAGUCAUCAUUGGAUCGGUACUUAGAACUUUACAGUGAAUUCUACUCAACAAAGAAGGUAGCUUCACGUCUUUUUAUGGGUUUAUUUCGAGUAAAGACACGAUUCUUACCAUUGGGUAACAGAGAAUAUUUGGGGUUUGAGAACAGAUUGAGCUCAAAGGAGAAGUUUUGAAGGGAAACUCAGUACAAGCGGUUUGUUAAAGAGGCAAAGAGAUACAACGCUAUGUCCAUUGUUGUUGGAGUUAAACAUCAAAGAAAGUUAAGUCUUAAAGUAGCUAAAGGCUGCGCAAAAGAGCUUCCGCCAACAACUGAUGUUUUGGCCAUCUACAGAGGAAAUAUAUUCUUUAGACGUUCCAACUAUUACCAACCACCUCUUGCUCAAAAUACAAGUCCAAGACCAAGUUCUGAGCUUUAUAAUGGGACUUUCAGACAAAGACAUCGAACUCAAAACCGAAGAAUCGACAGUUAAAAGCCGAGUUCUCGAGAUAACAAGCCAAGAGAGGAGGAGAGUUUCGGGUAGAUCGCUUUCUCUUCCACAUGUAGAGGUAAUGGACCAGAAACCAGGUUGGCCGCUGCUAAGAACAACCACUUUGGCUACUCCUGUGGUUCAACAUCAGACUCGAAAAGUCUCAGUUGUCAACUGGGUCAUGAGCUUGCCUGAACGGUUUCCAAAUCUGACUUCUCAACAAAGCUUUUGCGAUUCACAACUUAAAGACAUACUAAAGGAAAUAAACAAAUGGUUUAGCUAUGAUGUUCUUAAGACAGCAACAUCUGAUUUCUCUUCAGAGAAUCUAAUCGGAAAAGGAGGAUGUAACGAAGUCUAUAAAGGGGUUCUUGAAGAUGGGAAAGAAGUUGCGGUGAAGAUCUUGAAAUCAUCUGGUAAAGAAGCAGUGAAUGAUUUUAUUCAAGAAGUGAGAAUAAUCUCUUCUUUGAGUCACCAAAACAUCUCUCCUCUGAUCGGUAUCUGCGUUCACUACAACGACCUAAUCUCGGUUUACAAUCUCUCAUCCAGAGGAAGUUUAGAAGAAGCCCUUCAGGGUAAGCAUGUAUUGGAAUGGGAAGAGAGAUUCCAGAUAGCAAUUGGGUUAGGGAAAGCUCUUGAUUAUCUUCAUAACCAAUGUUCUAAUCCUGUGAUCCACAGAGAUGUUAAAUCUUCCAAUGUUCUCCUCUCGGAUGAGUUUGAACCUCAGCUUUCGGAUUUCGGGCUUUCGAUGUGGGGUUCAAACUCUAGUGGAUACACAAUACAAAGGGACGUGGUGGGGACGUUUGGAUACCUAGCUCCUGAGUACUUCAUGUACGGAAAAGUCAGCGAUAAAGUCGAUGUUUAUGCCUUUGGUGUAGUUUUGCUUGAACUCAUAUCAGGAAGAAUUACUAUUUCGUUUGAUAGCCCAAGAGGACAAGAGAGUUGGUCAUGUGGGUAAGUGUUUGUUUUUUGGUUACUUGUGAUGCAAGAAACCAACGUUGAAACCUAAAAAAGAAAUUACUUGGGUUG